CCGGGGAGUGAGAGAGGGCGGUCUCUGAGUGUCUUCUUGCUGUGAACGCGGUGUGCGAAACUGCAGCUUAUAUUUAGUGUGGAGAGCAUUCCGUGGUAUACAGAAAUGAAAGGAUCAUCAGUUUUAAAAAUGUCCAGUCUGCGGAGGUUAUGGAGAGCUUCUGUGCACUGUCAUCGUACUUUCAGUGCAAGCACAGCUAUAAUGCAGGCAAAGAAACAUACUCCAUCCAAAGAUAACGAGGAGAACGGCGACCCCAAAGCCAAGCCACAGGAGUCAGGAAAAGAAAAGUUACUGGACCUUCUGGGAUCAAUGAAAGUGGAAGUGACAUCUAAAAGAAAGCUGCAAUCUCUUAAAGGGCAAAUAAGCAAAGACCAAAAAAGAAUCUCGGUUGAAAGCUUAGAGAGUGCAACCAGUAUGUUCCAGGAAGCCGCCUCAGAAAAUAAGGAUCCCAAAACUGUUGUAAGCCCAGAGUUAAUUUCUGCUGUCUCUGCAGUCGCUAAGUCCAUGCCUGACAAAAACAAAGUAGAGUCAGAACUGUUACAGCAGUUGCGGAAGCAUGAAUCUGGCAAUGGAAUACAAGCAAAACAAGAAACUGCGAACAUUGUAGAUAUCAUUGCGGACAUGAAGAUAGGUAAGCAAGCUAAUAAUGCCCGGUUUGCUGCCAGACCUGCAAAUCAGAUUCAUUUUGAUGAUGACGGUCAUGGUUAUAUACAUGAGAAGGAAAAAAACAGUGAUUUUACUGGAGUAAAGAGACGGUUUGACUUAUUUCAAGGCAAACGUCUAAGCAUUUUCCAAGUACCUCUAGAGAUAAAACAUCCUGAUAAAAAAGAAGCACCUGUACUUUCUCUGUGGGACGUGGAGCUUGCCAAGCAGAUUGCAGCAGUUGUCCAGCAUGUGCCACGUAAUGGCUUUGAAGAAAUGAUCCAGUGGACAAGGGAAGGAAAACUCUGGCAAUAUCCCAUUGACAAUGAAGCAGGGCUGGAGGAAGAAGCAGAAGUCCCCUUCCAUGAACAUGUGUUUUUGGAAAACCAUCUGGAAGACUUCCCAAAGCACGGACCAAUAAGGCAUUUUAUGGAACUCGUCGUGAAUGGGUUAUCGAAAAACCACUGCUUGACGGUAAAGCAGAAGACUGAACACAUACAAUGGUUCAAAGACUAUUUUAAACAAAAGGAGGAUAUAUUACGGGAAAACGAAGUAUACCUCAAUUGAAGAUAAGACUACAUAAAGACUAAUACAGUUUGAUGUUAAACCAAAAACGACUUUCGGUGGUAAUGUUUUGAAAUCAUGGAAUUGUAAAAAUUAUAAUAAAAAAAAAAUCAAUGUAAAGGUAUAAAUUUCGGUUAAAAUGUGUGUAUUUGUUCCAUAAGGAAAAAAAAUAAAAUGGAUUUGUUUCAGUUUAGAAAUGGGUAGAGCUUAAAGUCUAUAUUUUGAAAUGUACAUCUGAAUUGCAUCCAUGUGUACCUUCAAGUUAGAAGAAAUCAAAAGAAAAAAGCCUGGAUCAAUUUGAGUAUAUUUGCAGGUCAUUUUUGAUCAUUUACAGAUGCUUUACAUAUUUUAAGGGGUCUUGAGUAAAUUUUGUUCAAAUUUAAUUAAAACUGAGAAU